GAUUCCGUUCUUGAAAGGGCGCUAGGAAAGGCUCUGCAGGGGUGGUGGCCGGCCGGAAGGAAAAUGCUGCCGCAGCCUCACUCUUGCCAGAGGGUGGGCCCCGAGGGCCUUGGCUUCCCGGCUUCUGAGAGAUGUGGCUUCUAGUGAGACCUUCCCCGGUCCACGACCAGCCGUGAGCUCCUGGGCGCCUCCGUGGGGUGGAGAUGCAGAGAAGAACCUGGAGCUGGGGCGGGGUGGACGUCGCGGAGCACGCGGAAGAGGAGGGCGCGGAGCCCCUGAGACCAGCAUGAUUGCUGUUGACAACUUCUUCAAAAAUCUCUGGAGAAGAAAAUUCCAUGACCUUCCUUGAUAAUUAUUUUUGCUGUAGUUAUAGUCAUGAAAGUGAAUCUCUGGUGGUUUGUGAUGUUGCUGAAGAUCUAGUGGAGAAACUGAGAAAGUUUCGUUUUCGCAAAGAAACUAACAAUGCUGCUAUUAUAAUGAAGAUUGACAAGGAUAAACGGCUGGUAGUACUGGAUGAAGAGCAUGAGGGUAUUUCACCUGAUGAGCUUAAAGAUGAACUGCCUGAACGACAACCUCGCUUCAUUGUUUAUAGUUAUAAAUAUCAACAUGAUGAUGGAAGAGUUUCAUACCCUCUGUGUUUUAUUUUCUCUAGUCCUGUUGGGUGUAAGCCUGAGCAACAGAUGAUGUAUGCUGGGAGUAAGAAUAAGCUAGUUCAAACAGCUGAACUAACCAAGGUAUUCGAAAUAAGAAAUACGGAAGACCUAACUGAAGAAUGGUUAUGUGAGAAACUUGGAUUUUUCCACUAAAGUGAAUGUCCUAUUACUCUUAAGUAUUUAUGUACUAACCUGACUAUACUGGAACCAGACAUAAAUACUUUUUUAUGCCUAAAAAUGCACUGUUAUUUACAAUUUUAUUUCCUGCAGCAAAUAAAAAUCUCAGUUGUACAAAGUGUGUACAAAAGAGGAGAUUCUUCUUAUAGUAAUGAAAAUUUUAAAAGUGUUUCCUCAUAUUUGUAAUUGUUUAGUGGAAUACUUUUGCAGGGAAUUUUUGCACUCUUGUGACUAACUUCUAUUACUUUUGGUUCAGAAUUUGUUACUAUUUUCAGACACCAUUGGAAAGUGGGUAUUUUGCUUGUGAUAAGCAAAGGUUGCCUCCUUUUGACAAAUACUGGAUAUUAGCAUAGUGUUACUUGUCAGAUAUGUGAAACACAUUUAAAGGCUUGAAUGACCCAAAUUUGAGCCUAUAAAUAUGACUUUAGAGUAUCAUGUAUUCUAAGUCCUUUUUCGUUAAUUCUGGAACUUACUUAGUUUGCUACAUAUUCCUUUCAUAACCUCAAAUAUCCGUAAUUAUCAACCAAUAUUAAGUCCUAUUGCGUUAUAAACUUGAGUAUUUCCUGAUGUCAUUUGAGUGUUAGUCAUUUUAAACCUGUUAAUACUGUGCCUUUGAUUUGUUAGCUUUAAAAUUAUUCUUGAGAGUUUUACACUGCCAGUAAUCCAGACUUGGUGAAAUGAAUACUUUUGUAAAGGUCCAUGUAAAUGUUUUGUAGUGUCUAAUUCUAUAACUGAUAUUUCUAAUAAAACCAACUUCAUUUCUGUAAAUUCCAGCCAUUUUCCUGCAUUAGUGAAUACCUGGCAGUUGAAAGUUAGGACUUUGUAUGUGUCUGUGAUUUAGAUUUGUAUCAUAGGAAAGAAGUAUUGAUCUUGGUCGUAGUCAGCAAAAAUAAUGUCAGUCAAAUUCAUCUUGAUGCUAUAACACUUGGGUUAUCGGAAUGGCAUUCCAAGCUAAAUGAGUACUUGAAUAGUUAAGUUAUUCUUCAUAUAGGUCAUUAGCAUAAAUCCUAUUAUGAAGGGUAUUUUAAAAUGUCUUUUUAAAAUGUUUACUUUAAAACAUUUAAAAGUAGACAUUUUACAAAGACUUGCCAACACAUCCUCAAUCCGUAAUAUGACAACCAAGUAAAAUGAUUUUCUUAUAUCUCCAUCAUUUUCUUUAAAAAAUGAGCAGAAAGCCCUUUUGCAAUGGAUUCUAUUUAAUUCAUAAUUUCUGUCUUUCAAAUGUAUGUGCAACUAAAUUUAGAGGUGUUAAGAUUUUCUAAUAUUACUGAAUGAGAAUCUUUUGUGACCUAAAUAAUUUAUCAUGUGUCAUCCUUAAUAGGAAAGCAGGAAAUUAAAGGAAAGAGGAAAUAAGACAGAUGGAAAAAAGAGAGGAAAAAUUUUUGUUUUUCUGUUGUUGUUAAAGAGUAGUAAGGAUUCCUUCUUUCUUCCAGAUAAAAUAAUACUUCCACAAAAUUAAAAUUUUAUAAAUGUUUAUUUAAAUACACAAUUUUUGCUUUUUGGGACUCUUCAGAAAUGAAGUGUCACUUAAAUCAUAGGAUCAUGGAUCUAGAGAUGAUGGGAUUUCAGAGGCCAUCUUGUCCAACCUCUUCAUUUUAUAGAUGAGUAACCUGAAGCUGAGAGAAGUCAGUGACUGAAGUCACACCAUGAUCAUGGAAUUCUGGAAUCAGGAGGGUUAAAACCUCUAUGCUAAUAUUAAUUAGUGUAGGCAUAUUUUUGAUUAAAGAAGUAAUACUCUAUUGUCUCAGGUCACAGCAAUAAAAGGAAAUGAUGCUGUGAUCUUAAAAUAUAGGAAAUGUUUGUCUUUUAUACUAAGAUCCUUUAUACUUAUUGACCAUUUCUUUCAUUGUUUUCUAAUUGUGGCACUGGGUUGUGAUAAGUAAUCCAGAUUCUUUAGCCUGAUUUUUCCCUUUAUGACCCAUGGCAUACAUACAUUUAAAGGCAGCUAAUUGUAAGUUCAAUGGAAAUGAUAUUUUUGUCUUCUAUGAAAUUAACUUUAAUAACCGGUCAUUAAACCUGCAACCUUAGUCUCCUUAACACAGUGCUUCACUAGAGACACCUGAGCUAAAAUGUUCUCAAACUUUUGGCCAGAUUCCCCUUUGUUACUUCAUUAUUUUAUGGUUCUUUUUUCCAGAAAUAGAAUGAGCUGUAAAGGAACUAACAAGAAAAAAGCCAUGGUCCUCAUGGAUUUACAGGGGAAGUCCAUCAAACUUUUAAGGAACAAUUAAUACCAAUACUAGACAAAUUAUUCUCAAAAUUUGAAAAUGAAAGCAUUUUUUAGUGCCAAUACAUUUUGGGUUUCUUUUAAAAUGAUUUUCAUAGCACCUUCACAGGUUUGUUGAGAGGAUCAAAUGAGAUGUGUAUGAAAAACUUAGCAAACCUUAAGGCUCUUAUGUAAAUCUUAGCUAUUAUCAUAUGAUUACUAAAUUUCCAUUGUGACAGUUGUAUCUUUAUUCCUCUUUUUUCUUCCUCAAAGAGUUACCAUAGAAUUCCAUUUUAAAAUAUUUCCCACCUUCCAAAUAUAAACUGCACCCCUCUGGUUCAUAAUCUAAUUUUUAAACUUAAUAGUUCUUAAUCCUUCCCUCAUCUGGUAGCACUUUCAGACCUUGAGACCAUUGGGAAGAUUACGGAUCACACUUCAAGAAAUAACUGCCUCACAGGCAUGAUUUAAUUACUUGUCAUCUAAGUUAGCAUUUAUUUUAAAAUAGUUGGCCUUACUUAAUUUUUGCAUUAUUACAGUAAGAGUAUACUUGGUCAAGAUAGGACAAAUUAAUUAUCCCCUCCUAUAUUUAUUUUAUAUGGUAAAGUCACCUACAUUUGAAGAUUAUACAGUGCCUAGCACAUAGUAGGUGCUUAAUAAAUGAUUGGUGGAUGAUUGAUUAAUGUAUUGUAAUGCCAAAAUAUCCUCCAAGCAUUGUAUAGCAUUCUUCUUUUUCUGGUAUUAGAGCAAACCUAGGAAAGAGUCUCUUACCAAUUUAUUAUACUCAAUUUUAGGGUUUUUUUUAAGACAUCAGUUUUGUCUUAUUGUUUCUGGAAAUGUCUACUACAUGCCUAAUACAGUUAAGUACCCUCUUAUAUUUAAGCAAGUGUUGAUGCUAUUCCAAAUAUUUUUAUAGUACUAUUAAUAAUAGCCUUUGUAGCAAAAGGUCUCACAACACUUUUUCCCCUAAUAAAAACUCCUAUUGUGAGGAGUCAAACAGCCAUAAAAAGUUUUGUGCUCAGGUCUGAACCUGAAUAAAAUCUCUGGUAUUGGAAGAUUAUUACCAAGUUUGGUUUUGCUACUUAAAAAUUCAUUGAGUAAAUAAAGUUUGUGGGUUUGUUUUUAAGCUCUACUAAUUAAAAAUUGCUUGAUUAAUUUUCAGACAUAAGCAUAACUGUAAAUCAUUAACCAUAAAAUUGGGCUAAUGAUUUUGGAUAUUUUCAUAAAAGUUUAAAUGCUAGUAUUUGGUGGAAAUAGAGAAUAAUUCAUGUUUUUGUUAAUUCAGUAGAUAGGUGGAUUGUACUGGAAGCUGGUAUUUGAGCCAUCACAACUUAUCAUGUAAAGGUGAAUCUCAAACUUUAUUGGUCACAUUUAUUUAUAUUUGAGGAGGCAAAAUUGACCUUUUUUAAUAUGGUAACAAAGGGUCCCUUGUGAAAUGUAUUUAAGGAGAACUUUAGGUUGUUUCCUCUUAUACCUUCCUACACAUAAAAAUAAUUAGAUACCUGCAAUAUUUAGAUUUAAAGGACUGAAUUAAGUUUAAAUUGAAACUGCCAAUUUCUAUAGCCACAAAGAUUACUUGAACAUUUUGAGAACUCUGAUAUGCCAGGACAAGCUUCCAGUGAUAGAAAUGUUCUAAUACAACUUUAUUUUAUUAAGGAAACUUGAACUAUUAAGCUCAGUCUCAUCUAACAGUUUCAUGUAGUUGUUUAACCUCCUUACAUUGUGUCAGUCUUCGCUAUUUCAUUCUGCAUGUUUAUUUUAAAUGGUCUCUAGCUAAGCAUGAUGAGUGUAUUGGUUUAAAUAAAAUGUUAACAUGAAAGAA